CAUUUGCACCAUAGCACUCGCAAAACUAAACUCGAUAGGACGUGCCUUUGCCAACUUUCGAAAAAAAAGUAAAAAAAAAACUUAUUUGUUGUCUGUGGGAACAGUUUUGAGCGGGAGAAUUUCAUAUUUGGCAAUUCGAAUUGUUUCAUUUCUAUCGUGAUCUCGCUCACUCCUAUUGUGUUGGUGCACAGUGAAAGAGAUAGAUGUAUGUUGCAGUGUUUCGCAUAAAAUGUUUAAGGAGUGUUUCGUAAAUUAAAUUAAUUAUAAUAAUUCGAAAUUUAAAUCAAAUAUUUUUUUUUACACAAUGGAAUGAGUUAGAACGUAAAGAGUAUUUAUUUAUUUUAAUUUUUAGUUUGUGAUUAUUUUAUUUAUAUGUUCGUUUGAAAUGAAAAUGGACGUGGUAAUUGCUUAAAGUGUUAUUAUGUUAGUUAGUUUGUUAGUUAAAAUGUUAAAUAUAUUAGUUUUGUGCCCGGUUCUGCUUGCGGCAGCUGUGCAGACACUGACCAUUGAUUCACAGCUUGGAACAUCCAUUGAAGAUUGUUUCGAUAGAAUAUCGAUUGGAGAGCAGCUGCCUCCCGACGCCAUCUACCGAAACGUGACUGAACUAACAACGCGAGAGUGUGAACACAUCUGCAAGCAAGACAAACAAUGCCAGAGCUACGAUUAUGGAGUCGGCGCAAAAGGCAACGCAACAUGCAACCUAAGCAAAAACGAUGAAAAAUCACUGAAAGAAAAGAACUUGUUGCUUAAACAUCCAGACUAUGACGUCUACAUCCGUCGUAUACAAUGCGAGCAAGCCCCCCCUUCCCCCAUCCAACCCCAGUUCGAUGACCCCGGAGACGGACCCGGACCAGCCCACAGACCCGUCUUCAGACCCGUCGACGAUCCAAAACAACCCUUCACAGACGAUUACCUCAUCUCCGGCGAUUUGGAAGCUUAUGGUGUUGCCAGACCAGUCUACAAACCUCAAUACGAUGAAAGACCUGACGACUAUAGCAACCCCAAACCCGAUUUCGACAUGGGACCCAGUUAUGGUGCGCACAAACCUCAGGAUAUACCUUUCAGACCUGAAAAACCUGCUCACAGUACUCGACCUGAUCCGUAUGAUAUACUUCAGUUGCAGGACCCUUAUAAACCUGAUAAUAGGCCAGGAUAUCCUGCUAAUGAUCCAAGGCCUCCCUAUGUGCCUGAAAAGCCUGAAUACCAUUACAUUAUCAGACCUAAUAGGAAACCUAGGCCACAGGAAGACACAAGCUUUAAUAAACCUACUAAUGAUUAUCCUAGGCCUGGUUAUGGGCAGGCUGAUCCCGGAUACCCUCAAGGCCCAAGACCUUAUCCUGAUAAAGAUCCAUAUAAUCGCCCGAGACCCGGAUACCAAGGCCCACUAGGCGGUUAUGGUCAAAAUUCACCAUACGAUGAUAAUUCAAUACACGUAGAAAUAAAUGACCCACCCAGACCAUAUAAGCCUCCCAAACCAGCUUAUGGUCAAGGAAUCUACGGUUAUGGAACAUAUUCAAGUCAGAAUUCUUAUUCACAGUCUCAAAGUAGCCAGUCACAGUACUAUGGGUCGGCUGCAGCAGACACGGGUUACGGUAACCCUUAUAGACCAGAUCCCAGGCCUGAAAGACCAGGGUAUGGGGAGGCAAAUGAUGCUGGGUAUGGUGGGGGGUCAAAACCAAAACCGAUUAACGACAGACCGGUGUAUGGUGGUGAUAAGCCUGGCUAUGGUGAUAAGCCAGCGUAUAAUGAUAAACCAGCUUAUGGGAAUGAUAAACCAGCUUAUGGGAAUGAUAAACCUGGCUAUGGGAAUGAUAAACCUGGCUAUGGGAACGAUAAACCUGGGUAUGGGAAUGAUAAACCUGGUUAUGGCAAUGAUAAACCUUCUUAUGGGAACGAUAGACCUGGCUAUGGGAAUGAUAGGCCUACUUAUAAUGACAAGCCAUCUUAUGCAAAUGAUAGACCUUCGUAUGGUGGCAAUAAGCCCUCUUAUGGCAAUGAUCCCUCUUAUGGAACCAAUAAUAAGCCUGCGUAUGGCAACGACAGUCCUUCUUACGGUGGCAAUAAACCCGCUUAUGGAAAUGAUUAUGGAAACGACAGACCUUAUAGUGAUGACAAACCAUCUUAUGGAAGUAAUAGGCCAUCUGUUAGUAAUGAUAAGCCUGCUUACGGCAAUGACAGGCCUGCUUACGGCAAUGAUAGACCUGCCUAUGGCAAUGAUAGGCCUGCUUACGGCAAUGAUAGACCUUCCUAUGGCAAUGAUCAGCCAUCCUAUGGGAAUAACAAACCGUCAUACGACACGAAACCAGGUUACGGCAACCAAGCCUCUUAUGGUAGCAACCACGCAUCUUUCAGCAGUCAAAGCAGUUAUAACAGCAACCAAGCUAGCUAUGGAAGCCACUACUAUAAUAGACCUUUAGAUACUGGUUAUGGGUUACAGAAACCAAGCCACGAUUACCAGAAACCGUACGGAACUAGCUCUUAUGGAGGUUAUGGGAAUAACCAAAGUGCUUAUGGGCAGGGAUCUUAUGGAUCUGGAUCUUAUGGGUCUGGAUCUUAUGGCCAAGGAUCUUAUGGGGGUUAUCAAGGAUCCUAUGGCAGUGGAUAUGGAUCUCAGUCUUCUCAAAGUUCUUAUUAUGGGAGUCAAGGGUCGUUUGACUAUAAUACAGGUUCCUAUGGUGGGACUGGGUCUUAUGGUGGUCAGAAUGACUAUAAUAGACCUGCUUAUGGCAACAGACCUUUGAAUGAUAAGCCUGUGCCAGCUAAGCCUCAGAAACCUAAGCCUUCUUAUGAAAAUGAUGAACAGGAUGGAGGAUACAACAAGCCAGCAUACGAUGAAAACCGCCCAGACUACAUCAAUCCAAAUGACCCAGGUUACGACACAGACCAGGAUAAACCGGCUUACGGUAAUGAGAAACCAAACACAACCGGUUACGAAAAACCAAAUAUAAAACCGGUUUACGAAUAUGAUUUGGAGAAGCCGGGUAAUGUGCCCAGUUAUAUCGCUCGGCCGGGUGGACAGGUGGUCACGUCCAAGCCUAUGGCUAUCAGUGAAUAUGAAGAGGCCUAUGGUCGGAAUCCCGGCAAGGAGGUUUAUAAAGCAUGUUUCCGCCGCGUCCUAGCUGGGAAGCGAGCACUGCGGAGUCAUGUGAGGAAGGUGGUGCCAUGCGAGAGGCUGGAGGACUGCCGGAGGGAAUGUGCCACGGAGAAGAGGUUCCCUUGCGAAAGCUUUAAUUAUAGGUUAGACCGUACAUUCAGAGGCAAGGGUCUAUGCGAGUUGAUGACAAAACCAAUAGAAGCUUUCGACCUUCGACGUGAUUUCGUUGAAGAUAAGGACUUCGAUUUCUUCGAACUCGACCGAAAUAGCUUGGAACCUAAUUGCCCAGACACUCUAAGGGGCCCAGGGGUCUUACAUUCUGGUUUUUUAUCCUCGAAACCGAAUCGGAUAGAAGGAGAGGGGUCCCAAAGUGGUUGGAGAGACAGAUAUGAUGGGUUUGAGCAAUCGGAUCGAUUUGGUGGUAAUCGGAGAGGUGGUUACGGGAAUCGGCGAUAUGAUGAUCGAUUUUAUAUUCCUUAUCAGAUUAAUCAUGGGUUAGCACGAAGCAACGACGACCAAGAGCUCUGGGGUAAAUACGGAGGCGAAUAUGGAGGCAACAGAUACUACAAAGACAGGAACGAUUAUCACAAAUCUGUCACUCAUUGGCAAAUAUCAUCAGACGUAGAACGCCCCUCAUAUGGCGUCAAACCCCAUGGGAAUACCAACUUUGAUUACCAUAAUCUGGGCAAAAAUGGGGGGUCCUGGAUUGGAGAUCGAUACGGCUAUGGUUCUUGGAAAAGGGGGAGGUGGAAUAGUUCAGGGCAUUCUGGCAACCCUAAUGGAUUAGAUUAUGGUGAUAGCAGUUUUUAUAAAGAGAAACAUCACCAUGAGUCUAUUGAUCGGAGUGAUGAUGGGAGGACUAAAGAUUGUUCCUCUCGCCGCCGCCCCGGAAUGUCUUUAGGCACAGGUGCUAUAAGACGAGCUCUCAUAUCCCGCAACGUGGUGGAGUGUGAGGCAGCUUGCUUCAGUGAAAGGGAGUUCAAAUGUGUGUCGUACUCUUAUAGAUAUUCAAAUUCCCACGGUACUGACAACUGCUUCCUAAGUGAGCGUCCGUACCGAGGGCUGGAGUUGGCAGCUGAUAGCAGUUCCGAUGUGUAUGCCAUGCCUCAGGACCAGGGCUGCGUGACUAUCAACUAUAAACCUUGGGUUGAGAGUGAAUGCUUCUGGCACGUGCGCUCCGGGUCAGCAGUGAGUGACACGGCAGUGAGGGCCGCCCUCACUGUGGCUGGGCUCGGAGCCUGUGAGGCUGAGUGCAUCAGGGCACAUGCAUUCUUCUGCAGAGGAUUCAGUUUUAGGUUUGAUUCUCCUACCAUAGGAGAUGAUCUAGAGAACUGUGUCCUCACAUCAUCACCGCCGACGUCUCUAGAGAAUGGGCGUGGGCUACGUCCUAACAGUGGGCAUGAGCUGUAUGCGAGAGGCAACUAUGGGAGGGGUUGCGAGCCCGCGUUGUAUGAUGAUGUCCAGCAAAGGGAGGAUGAAUGCUACCUCCAGUACGAUAAAGCAGCCAAAUUGAGUGGUGGAGCCAUCCGCGGCCAGGCGCGAGUUAAAGACGAGCAGGCGUGUGGGCGCGCCUGUAAUGAGGCUCCGUUCAGAUGUCUUAGUUUUUCUUUCAAUAACAACGCUCCGCCGAAGACGGACAACUGUCUUCUCUCAGAGAUCAGACUGUUCGACCUUCAGAGAGGAGUGGACUACGUGCACUCUGCUGACGACUGGCUCUUCGCAUUCGAUCUGUUCAAUGGACAGUGCUGGAGGAAAGUGCAUGUUGUGGAGUAUGAUGAUCCAGCCCCAGAAAUACCCCGUCCGCUCGCAGCGCCCCCUGUUGAGGAUCACUACCCGGUGUCAGGACCGUCCGGCCCGCCAUCUUCUCCCACCGGGUUAUCCGGGCCAUCGGCACCUAGUGGACCCGGGUAUCUACCGGAUCAUGAUCAUAAUGAACCACCGUUCAUCCCUGCAUCAGGCCCACCGAGCGGACCCGGUUACAAACCUUACUCACCCGGUUCUAGCUUCAAACCCGGAUACUCCGAGCCUUCAGGCCCCGGAUAUAAGCCAAACUACCCACCAAGCGGUCCAGUUAAACCUUACCCAGAACCAUCCGGCCCAGAUUUUAAGCCCGGUUAUCCGGGUACUGGUUUCAAACCCGGUUAUAAUGAACCAUCUGGUCCUGGAUACAAACCAGAUUACGCAGGACCGAUAACUCCUAGCUUUAAGCCUGUUUACCCACCUGGAUUAAAACCCGGAUAUCCUGAACCUAGCGGACCUGGGUAUCUUCCAGACUCGGACUUGAAACCCGGUUUUCGACCAUCAGCACCCCCUCAGCGACCAGUUUACCGACCAAUUUUGGAUACGCCAGAGUAUUUGCCAGGAAAACCCGGGUAUUUGCCAGAGAAACCUGGUUAUUUGCCAGACCGCCGACCCGGUUAUCCUGGAGCGAAUAGACCGGUUUAUGAUGAACGACCGACCAGACCAACUAGACCGGGAUAUAAACCUGGAUAUCCGGAUAGGGCUGAUGAUGAACCGAUUUCAGUAUCGUGGCGCCACUACACGGUAUCCGGGUUCCCGUGCCGUGCAGGGACGACGUGUGCACAGAACACCGUAGCUGGCCAUUGGGCCUGCGAGCCUGAGGGUGGAGAGAUUGGGUCAUGGGACUACUGCUGUGCACCAACACACCGCUGUGGAUACAGUGAAGGUUUCCACAAGCCAUGGUGCUACGUGGGCACGAAUGAGGAUCAAUGGCGGCCUUGCAGUGAGAAGUACUAUCCUUACCACCAGCAUAAGGUCCCUCAUCCCUCCCAGGGUCAUCAGCACUCCCCUGGACGUCCUCUGCCGCCAGGACAUAGAGAAGACAUCCCACCCCGGCCCGUAGGACCUCGCCCUUGGCAGGGCAGACCUGGGUAUGACAGACCCACCCCAGUAGGACCACCAGGUCCAUAUCUGUCGGAAGGCGACAGAAAAUACUGGGACGAUUUGUACAAGAAUGGACCUCAAGCGUAUUAUGAUAAAUAUGGAAAUCCCUUGCCAGGUUACUCUCGAGUACCAACAGAAUCUCGUCCCCACAUCAGGUUCACCCACAACCAGCCCCAGCCUGGCUCUGGACACUGGCUGCCGGUGUCUCCAUCCCAGGGAUCUGAUGGACCACCUCCUCCAGGAUUGGGAGUGCCAAGAUACUGGCCCGUAGCCUACCUACACAAGGAACCACCUCCAAACACAACAUACUUUCGUUACAACGAAACACAGCCACAAAUGGCGACAACAACAGAACUAUAUACAACACCUAGAGAGAUAUCCACCAUCGCCCCAAGACCAGACCAUACAGAAAGACACAGAGACGAAAAACAAAGAAACAUAAGUGACUAUGACACUCUAGAAAGUACCACUAUGAAAACACCACAAAGUACCACAGUAAAAAUUAUAACAAGUACCACCGAAGUACCAGUGACACAAGAAGCUGUAACUGAAAACAUAACUGAAGUGGAAAUUGUUAAGCCUGAAAGUGUUAAAUUGAGUGAAAAGAUUAAAGGCAUAGAUGACAAAUUGGAUGAUUUCUCAAGUUCCAUUGAAGUUUUUGAUUUAGAUGAUGUUAAAGGUGAAAAGUUAUCUGAUUUGAAAACUUUAGAAGCUGAAGAAAGACAGAUAGAAGAGAUUGGAAGAAUACUAGCUUCAAGAAGAGGUGGCAAACUCGUUCUUGAUAAGCGAUCCCAAAAAGAAUUGGAAGCUAAAAGCAUAGCUAUCGAUAAAGAGUUACUCGAUUUCAAUUUUGGCAACAGAUUCAAUGUUGAAAGGAGAGGAGUGAUACAAAAAGUGAGUAAAGAUGAGAUUGAAAGAGAAAGAGAGAGAGAAAGAGCAGCAGCUGACAAGAGUUUGGAGGUAAGUGAAACUUCUUUUGUCCGUCCACCGAGAGUUUUAUCUACAACUGAAAAUAUUCGCAAAGCUAUUGUAAAUGGAAAAGUCUUCUAUGAUGCCACAAUAAGAGAACAAAGAGACACAUUUUUAAAUAAUUCUACAAGAAAGAGUAAGAAUUUGAGAUUAGGAGAUGAGAGUAAAAUCUCUAAUCUCACUUCUCCUGCUAGUUUUGGAAAGAAGAUUAUAAAAGCAAGAAAUGUGAACCCCGUCAGAAGAGUAAGAAGGGUUUAUAGAAAGAGAUAUAACCCAGAAGAAGUGAGAAGGAGAUUGUUGGAAAGAGAAAAGAGUAAACAAGAGAGUAGUACAGAAAAUUCUAGGAAAAUAUAAGUGAUUAUUGUAAAUUGUACAAUUACUCAUAUUUUCUCACAGUACUUUCUACUUUUUAUAAUAUUUGAGCAACAGUUAUAAGCAAUAGUAUAAGUUAUAAGUAAAAUAAGAUUCUAUUAUAACUUAAAAUGUAAUAUUAUAAUAAAAUAAUAAUUAUAAAUGGCUUGGUGCUUCCAAAACUUGUCAGUUUGACUUAAAAAUUAUAUUUAGGUUGAAUUGACGAUGCGUAUUUCGAAAUUAUAAAUAUAUAAUAUAAGAUUAAUAUUUAUUUUUAAAUGUAUUGUAUAAUUAGUAUUAUAAGUACAUUUAAAUAGGGAUGAUGACGGGGUAUGAAAAUUAAAAAUCUAUUUAGUCCGUCAGUUAGGUAAUGAAAAAAUAAAAGACACUUAUUUUAUUAUUUUGUCGUAUAAGAUAACAAUACUUAGAUAAAACGAAUCAAAGUUUUGGAGUGGGAGCAAAUACGUCAUUUCUACGUAUAAAACGUAGCUAGAAGUGACGUCACGCGGUAUUUCAAAUCGAUUAUUUUCGAAAGUAUUUGUUUCCAUAAGAAAAUAAAAAAUAUGUGUCUAAUAUUUUAAAAUAAUCUACAAGAUGGGCAUUAAAAUAAAAAUGAAUCAUCUACCUUAUUGUGACAAUAAUAUUAUUGUUUUUAAGUUUAUUUUAUAUUUAUAUUUUAAUGUUUAGUUACCAUACUGCUAAAGUUACCGCGAAGAAAUUGAUUGCAAUAUUUUGUUUGUAAUAAGAUGCUAAAAAUCUGUGUAUUUAUAAAUAAAUAGCACUAUGUAUUUACUUUACAUUUUUAUAAGACUAAUAAAAAGCAUUUCAAAUA